UUCUCAUCUCCAGAUUCUCACAUCACCAUUGAACACCACACAAAAAAGAAAUAAUCCUCUACAUAAUAAUCUAAAUUAAAAAUCUGCAACGGCACGAAUCAUAAUGAAUAACAAGCCUAGUCAAUGUAAAGUUUUGGAUCUCUGAAUCCAACGCGUCAUCUCCCGCGUUCAUCGCAUGAUCUUAAACUAAGAUCAAUGUCCUGUAUCUACACCAAGUCAUCCACGUAAUCACCCAGUUUUUUAGGCCGAUGUCUCUCGAAUUUGCAACUCGGAGAAACAGAUCCAGUUUAAUUUGAAGAUUGACGAAAGUGAGGUAACUCGGUUAACUCACUUCCUCCCGAACGCAGCCAUGGCCUCGCUUUCACCUCAAACGUUCUUUUCUCUAUCAAAACCCCAAAAACCGAAUUCAAAAUCGUUCUCAACACACACUACCCUCCCCUCAAAACUUGUUCAGAACCCCAUUUUCUCGAGAACCAAACAGAGAAGCCACAGCAACUGGGUGUUGAAUUCAGUGGUUCAAGAAGAACUUGACGUAAUCCCAGUACAAAGCCAAGACACUACAGACAUGCAAGAGGGCGUUGUGGUGGGUCGAGAGGACGGUGAGUUGGCGAGUCAGGUGAGUCAGGUUGGCGGGUUCAGUGAUGGAUCGUUGUCACUUGAAGGGUUCUCUUCAGCUUCUGCUUCAAGUUCAAUUGAAGAUGGAGAAAGAAGAGAAGAAAUGGAGAAGUUGAUUGAGAGAACUAUAAAUGCUACUAUAGCUCUUGCUGCUGGAACUUUUGCCAUCACCAAGUUGCUCACUAUUGAUCAAGAUUAUUGGCAUGGUUGGACCCUCUUUGAAAUACUAAGAUAUGCACCUCAGCACAACUGGACUGCAUAUGAGGAAGCUUUAAAGGAAAACCCGGUUUUAGCCAAAAUGGUUAUCAGUGGAGUGGUUUAUUCUAUAGGUGACUGGAUUGCACAGUGUUAUGAAGGAAAGCCCCUUCUUGAGUUUGACAGAGGACGAAUUUUAAGAUCAGGCCUUGUUGGUUUCACUCUACAUGGUUCCCUUUCACAUUACUACUACCAGCUCUGUGAGGAGCUUUUUCCUUUCCAAGACUGGUGGGUGGUUCCUGCCAAAGUAGUCUUUGAUCAAACUGUGUGGGCAGCUCUUUGGAACAGUAUAUAUUAUUCAGUUUUGGGAUUCUUGCGGCUUGAAUCUCCAAUCAGUAUUUUUAAAGAGUUGAAAGCAACAUUCUGGCCCAUGCUGACAGCUGGGUGGAAACUAUGGCCAUUUGCUCAUCUUGUUACCUAUGGCCUAAUCCCAGUUGAACAAAGGCUUCUUUGGGUGGACUGCGUAGAACUCAUUUGGGUGACAAUACUCUCAACUUACUCAAACGAGAAGUCAGAAGCGAGAAUUGCAGAAGCACCAAUGGAAGCUGCCUCCAGUUCUCGGUCUCUAACUCCUCCCAAGGAGUAAAUUAAAACAAUGCAGAAACAGAGGGUGAAAUGGCUGUAGCAUGACUGAUUGCCAGUACAUACUGUAUAUUAUGCACAUCUUCUGCACUGGCUUGUGUAUGUAUUAUGAAAUAUUUAUAUUUUUGGGAUAGCGGAACCACCAAGUGUAAAGAACAUGACAGAGCAGCUUUUGUCUUUAAAAUAUUCACAAGAAAUUCCAAAUUCUUGAUUGAGAAGGUUGAACCUGCAA